AUGUCCCUCUUUGGAGGAUUUGUGUUCCUAGUCGUUGGCAACUUUGAACAUAUGCUUCUUCCUGAUAUAACUCUUGCUCUGGUUAGUAAUGGAGUUAAAAAGGAAGACAUACUAUAUGAGAAGUGGAGGUCUGAGGAUGAGUUGGAUAGAAUUUCACAUGUCGUUUGCGAUGAACCGAGGGAACAGUUUACGGAAUUGAAACGAAGACUUGUACCGAUUGUGACCACUUCAUGGCUCUUGAGUUCUACGGCUCGUGGGAAACUUGUUCCUACAAACCCAUACUCGUCAGACCCAAAUCAUUUACUCAAGGACGUGUUUCUUUGUUGCGCGUCGAUUCCUGAACACGAUAAAGCAUUUAUUCACGAAACCAUUGUCAUUUUGGGAGGUCAAUACUCUGAACAACUCACCAAGAGUACGACUCAUUUGGUGACGCUCGAUAUGGCCCAUGAGAAGUGUUCGAUAGCACAGCAUUUCAACGACGCGAAUCCGGUAGAGGAGGUUACUGGCGAGCCUCAGAGAAUAAAAAUUGUGUUACCGGAAUGGCUAGAGAAGACUCUUUUAUUGAAAGCGGUGCAGAACGAGGACGAUUUCGAGCCCACCAGAGUAGCCAGCUCCACCAAGACCGCUUCCAAAACGGCUUCCAGAACGGCUGCCACUGGCAAAGCACUGAAAUCCUACAAAAUCUAUUUCAACGAUGAUUUCCAGUUUUCCGCGAGACUCAUGAAGAGCAUAGCAGAGCUGGUACAGAGUCAAUCUGGCAAAAUAGUGCAAAACGUCAAAGAGUCAACUCAUUUUAUUACUAGAUUCCGAUCUGGUGAGCGUUAUAAGAUCGCUUUGAAAAAAAUGGCUAGCUCUCAGAAACCGGUGAUUGGAAAUAUUUUGUUAUUUCUUAAUCUCGUAUUGGAGCAUGAUCUGUCUCACCGCAAUCUUCUGACUUACCCGCUCUCAAGCGGAACUUUGUCUUCAAUGGAGUCUUUCGUCCUAUGUCAAACCAACUACACCGGGGAGGCGAGAGCCUACAUACAACAACUGGCCAUCUUACUGGGGGCCAAAAUCACCAAAACUUUGAAACCCACAAACACACACUUGAUAGCUUCCAAAGCUGUUGGAAAGAAAUACGAUGCUGCUAAAAGCUGGGGACUCAAGAUCGUCUCUCAUCAAUGGCUGGAAGAACAAUAUGUAUUUCGCGAAAACUUUGGCAAGAGCGAGUCCGAUUUUCCAUGCAAUACAGAUAAGAAUACCGUUCCUGGAAUCGGUGCGUUUGACAUAACUGCGGAGGUCCUACUGAACGACCUUGCCAUGACAGUCAGUGAUUCUGAGAGUGAAAAUCUUCUGGUAUCAGGGGCUGCCAAUGCGAAUGAGCAGACUUCUGAACAGCAGAUUGAGAAAGGACUUGAGAAGGAACUUGGGCAUGAACCCUUACCACAGGUCCAGAUAGGUGAGAGCACGGGAGUUUCCGCAGAAGCUAUAAAACAUGAGCAUUCCCCACCAUCUACCGCCAUAUUCGACGAUGAUAAAGAGAACACUGGCCUUGGAGCCCGUCCAAAAACGCUACACGAAAAAAGAUCAUCUACCCAGAAAGCUGAAAAAGCUUCCACCAAAAAGGCAAAACAGAAUAUACAGCCUGAGAAUGGGAAGCCAUACAACAUUGUCACGGUCAUAACCGGGCACGAUGCCCUCAGCAAAGCAGACUUGAAGAAAUUGGCAACGGUAGGCAUCAAAGUGUUAGACAAACCUCAAGAUGACCAGAACUGUAUCAUAGCUCCUUCUAUUUUGAGGACAGAAAAGUUCCUGAUGAGUGUUUCCAAAGGCUUGACUUAUAUGCUUCACACCCAGUUUUUGACGGAUGUUCUGGGCACGUUGGACGUGGCCCCAAGACUGUCGGAUUUUAAAAAGCUGAAACCUGCGGUGACAGACUACCCUUUGAGCAAGUACAUUGACUUCACCAACGAGAAGGUGAAGCAGUUAUUUGGAGAUACCGAAGUCGGACCAGAAGAUAUAAAUAAUUUGCUGGAGAACUACACACGAAGAAAGACUUCUGGUGAUUUGUUAUUCACCGGAUUCCACUUCAAUUUAUCUGCAAACCUUACCGGAGGAAUCAAGGUUGUGGGAGGUAUCUUAGAGUCUUUCGGAGCAACGUACUCGGAGUUCACAGACGAGGUGAAAUUAGGCAAGAAUCGGACUCUACUUCUGUGCAACGAAAACGACAGUAAUCUGAUCACUGCAUUCGAAAAGAAGUCAAGGAAACAUUCGCAGAUAGUGGAGUGGAAUUGGGUCAUCCGGUGUAUUUUCACUGGCGCCGCUUCGGACUAG